UUUUCAAGUUGUUAUCCUUUUUUGUUGAGGAGUUUAGAGGAACUAAACAGGCUGUAAAUUGACAACAAUCUAAACAGUGGGGCACAGCAGGUCCAGGAUGUUUUGCCUCCAAUGUUGCAGUGCAUUCCAGUAGAAGAUAGCUCUGAAGUUGCCACCCCAGUCUUGGCAGAUGAUUGUGAAGAGAUGGCAAUAGAUGAAGAAAGACAAGAGCUACCACUGGCUGAUGUUACACCCACAGAUAUGAAGGCAACACCUGAGGAGAACAUAGAACUUACAGAUCAAUUCUUCAUCCUGUCUGAACGUAGUGCUGUCACAGAGUGUGUGGAUGAAGAGACGAGAAAAGAUGAAGAGCACACAGAGGUCAGCUCGCCAAAGGAGCAAAUGGCUCACGCUGAGGACACUAGAAACAGCAGCGACCCAGAAGAAAGUGAACAUAAAGUUUUUGAUCAUAAAGAUAAACUGACACACAGAAGAAUUUUGAACAGAAAGAUGAAUGGACUUCUGUGUGUUGUACAGAGUAUGAGGAAGGACAUCAAACCAGCUUACGGAGGGAAGAAGAGAAACUUGGAGAAACUGAAGAAAAAAAUCAGCCUUGGCCUGACUGUGUUGGAUGCUAUGCAGUUCCAUCUGUUGUUAAGUGAAGACACAAUUGCUUCCUAAUAAGACUUACAAAGAGCAGUGUACAACUAGUAACAUCUAUUGUUAAGUGAGAACACUAACUUCAUUGACAUGUGAAAAUGGGCUUUUUUAAAAUCAAGUUUUUGAUGCAGCAAGCCUUUAAACAUUUUUUUUGAUUUACCAAUAGUUGUUGAGUCACAGUGUCAAGAAUGGAAAAAAACUGGUUUUGAACACGUAGAGAAUUGUAAUUGAAUGAUGGUAGUAUUCCUGGGGAAAUGCCAAGUGCUCCAUCAUGACUUGCGAAAAAUAAAAAAAUAUUUAAGAAUAAGUGAAUCACUUUUCUGGUGUAAUUUGACUCAGUCACAUUUAUUUUGUUUUUUAAAAGUAAAUAUGCAUAAACGUUACACAAGUUGUUCAUGUGACAAGCAAUCUGGAAUAAAAAGCUGGUGUCCAUUAUUACUUAUAUAUGCUAUAAUACUUAACUCAUAACGUGCCAUAUUCUACAUUCUGUUAUGUUAUAUUUUUUGAGUU